AUGAAGCUCCUGAGGAACUUUCCACGGCUGGAGAAGCUGGGGCUUUGGAGGGCCAACGUCACUGCUAAAUGUGUCAUCUGGCUCAAAGGGCUCCAUAGCCUCAAGCGUGGGCGUGGCGGCGACAUGCUGCACUCUAAGGUCGGGCACCAUGUGCAGGAUGGGGAUGAGGAACGUGCUGUAGCGCGGAUGAUGGGGGCAGAUAGAUGGAGGGAAGAGAGUGGUGGGCCGCGGAAAGAAAAGAAGCGGAUGGGACUGAUGGGGAACAGGAAAGCGAGGAUGGGAGGGCAGCACGUGGUGAAUGGUGCAUGUGGUGCAGCAUGCAUGGAUGCAGUGGAGGCACUUGCCGCCAAGGACGCAGCUGAAGCGGUCCCGGAGCUGAGCAUGGUGGACGAGGUGGUCCACGCAUUCUCGAACAUUCUCAGGCGAAGUGGUGUCAAGUACCAGAAGUUCCAGAAUCAGCAGCAGGUGUUUUGCAAGACUAACCUCGAGGCGCAAGGAAUCUUCGACGCGCGCUGGCUGUCACGUGGGGAGGCACUGGAGCGCCUGCUGGACGUGUUGCCUACUGCUAUUGUCUUGCUGAAGGAGUACCGCCAGGAUUUGUACGAGGUGGUCACCUCGUUCAAAUUCCACUGGCUCCUUCGGUUUUUGGUGGAUGUGCUGUCGGAGCUCAACACGCUCAACUUCCGGUUCCAGCAGAGAAAGAUCGACAUCACGCUGGUGGGCCGUCUCGUCGAGCAGACGCGGAUGCGACUGAAGGCUCGCUACAACAGCAGUCCACAAGGCCACCAGUUCGGGAGCGGGGAGAGGAUGCGCCUUCCAGAGUUCAUCAAGAAACACCAAUCGAAGGAGAAGCGGGAGAUGAAGGCCGAAGGGGUAGAUGGCGAGGGAAAUCCGGUCACCUUCAAAUUCGACCUACACGAACGUGACUCUGAGGGGAAGGAAACUCCAGGCCUUGUGGCUGCCUGCUAUGAACUCUCGCUGAAGUUCGUGCGCGUAGUGGACGAGGAGCUGGAGUGGCGGUAUCGUGACUUCAAGAACCUGGAAGGCGCGAAGCUGUUUGAUACAGCUUCAUACCUUCCAGACGAUGACAAGCGCCUCGCUGCCUUCAAACGAUGGCUGCAGCAACUCCACAAGCUCUACCACGAUGCACUCCCUGGGUUCAACUACAGCAAAGCGCGCGCAGAGCUGUGGAUGUUCACGAGUACCAUGUUUUCGCAGCAUCACAAUGAAGACUUCCACCAAGCUCUUGCCAACAUGCUGCGCGGAGAUUCAUGGCAGCGGUCCUUCCCCAACAUCAUGCUCUCUGGCAAGCAAUAG